AUGGCCGAAGUCAUGAGAACAUGUGCCACAGCCGGUAAAAUGGCUCUCGAUCUCUGCUCUAACGGUUUGCAACUGCGACUCUUCGCCUACCUUGCCCGUCACGGUGCUGCUUCACCGGUCCAGGGAGCAUCUGAACAACAACCCCUGCUGGAGCAGCGCAGCUUCGCCUCCGUGACCGAUGUCGUUGAGGAGGAAUUCACACUAUCUGAUGGUCGCAGCCUCGGUGUAGCCUAUUUUGGUGCAGAGAACGGCUCGCCAGUCUUCUAUUUUCACGGCUACCCGGGUUGCCGGCUGUCUGGCGGCGCCUUCUUUGACCGCGCCGGAAAGAAGCUCGGCGCUAGGAUCAUCGCGAUCGAUAGACCCGGCAUUGGCAACAGCUCUCCUCAGCCUGGCCGCAAACCUCUCGAUCUUGCGAGCGACAUUCGCGAACUUGCUGAGCAUUUGAAGCUCAAGUCGUACGGCAUCAUCGGCGUCUCAGGCGGUGGCCCAUAUGCUCUGGCAUGUGCGCGUGCCCUGUCGCCAGAGAAGCUGAAGGCUGUGUCUAUUAUUGGAGGCAUGGGCCCUAUCGAUGUUGGCUUGAAGGGCAUGAGCUGGGGUAACUGGCUGACCUUCAUCGGCCUGAUGUACUUCCCUUGGAUUACGCGCUUGCUGCAGAAGAAGGCUGCCAGCGUGCUGAACACCAUGCCUAACGAGAAAAUCAUCGAGCAGAUCGGGGGCAGAGUGACCGAAAGAACAGCCAGGUUUGUCGGUCCCGACCUGAUGUACUUGUUGGAGCCAGAAAGAAUGGGAACAAUGCUCGACCUUUACCGAGAGCACUAUAAGCAGGGCAUCGAGGGGUAUAUGGAGGAUGGCCGAGUUAUGACCACCGACUGGGGCUUUGAUCUCAAGGAUAUCCCAGCUGAGAUUCCUAUUCAGCUAUGGUAUAGUAAGAAGGACACGAAUGUUCCUUUCCAAAUGGGCGAGGCUAUUCGGUCGCGUCUCAGCUCGCCGCCCGAGUUUCAUGUGGAUGAGCACGAAACACAUCUGCAGUUGGUGUUGAAGUGCAGCGGAAGCGCCCUGGAGAGUCUUCUUGAGAAGCUCUAG